AGAUGGUAAACUCUUUCAGAUGAAAAACGUAUUCAGUGAUAGGGCGAUAGCAGCUUUCUUUGAACGAAUUGCUGGCGAACAAUGUACUUAAACAAUAAACUCACAGACAACUAUACUCAUGAAGGCAUUUCAAAGCGUUUAUGUCUCAGGCUAAACGAGCAUGCUGUGUUUCUUUGUCAUGAAAAUUUGGGGCACCCUCCACCUGUUGACACCACAACAUAUUCCAUUCGCACCCUCAACAAGAAAGAUUUCAAUGGUUUUUGAUCCCUGAUCUCAAAUUAUAUACUGUAUUUGCGCUCAUCUAAGUUACUUUUUUUAAGGAUACGACUUUGUAUCAAUUAGUGCUCUUACUCUGCCUUUUUUCUAAGUUCUUCGUCUCUAUACUUAUUUUGAUACAUGAAGGUGUCGCAAACUCGGAUUAGCUCUUUCUUAUUUAUUUAUUGGACAAUAUAUUAGCCAACGUUCCAAUUUCUGUGUUCUUUCUUCUUAUUUUUUUGAGUUUUGACUAUUCCAACGACUAUUUUUUUUUACGUUUUGCAGGAUUAAACCACUAUUUCCCUGUUAUCCCUUUCCUUCCGGCAUCCCUCCUCGUGUACACGUGAGGUUUCCUUCUUCGUUCACUUUUGGCUUUCUUAUCUUAGUUUCCGUCUUCCCUUUCAUUGUUCGUAAUAUUUUCUACUCCCUUAACCCAAUGCUGCGUCCAGAAUCUUUGCCCAACCUUGAUGCGCAACUUUCCCAAUCCCCUCAACGUGAGAAUCCCCAGAAGCAAGCUAAAUUCCCUAGAUGUUACCAUGGACUUUCUCCGCUAGAUGCCUUAGCUGAAAAACAUUCCCAUUUGACGAAACAGUUAGCAGCUGAGGAAGAGAACUACAAACAACAUUUGUUAGGUGAAAGUGACCUUGCCGGAAUUGAUGAGAAUGUUCAGACUGAAUCCUCCAUCACUAGUCCUUUUCUUUCAUCUUCUGCAAGACCAACGUUAGAGAAGCGCAGCUAUACAUAUGACCAAGCGGGUUGGGAGCACAAAUUAAGCAAUGUUUUUGCAAGUUUUGAUCUUGAGGAUGACAUUUACGCGCCUUUACAAGCACAUGAUAGUUCCACGACAAUCGAAUCUGAUGUUGAAUCCGCGUUAACUUCGUAUUCUGAGAAUCGGUUUACGUCGUUAGAGCACUUUGAUAGCAACGACAACGGUACGGUUCGAUCGUUUCCUUCAGAUCCAGAUUACUCAUCUGGAUCUUCUUUACUUCAAAACUUCUCUUCCACCUCUUUCGAAUUACCACAAACUGGAGAUGAUCCAUCACAUGAUGAAGAUUCUCGUCGUUUCAGCGGUGAAACGAGCUCUCAACAUCGGAACAGUUCAGGCGCAAGUCCAAGAUUGCAAAGACCACGGUCACAGCAGCAAAGAGUAACACUUCUUCAGGUUCAGUCACCUUUUCUCAAAAAAUCAGAUAAGCAUCGCGCCAACUUAACGAAAUCUUUAGUGUCUAUUCAGAAGGCUAUUAAUAUACUACAGACGAUGCAACUACCUACGUCUUGGCCCCUUCCAUUGUCCACAGAUUGCUUGUACAGUCUUAUUCCGCUAGCUCAUCGUUUUGAAAAUGUUAUUCUUAGGAAGCUUGAGUUAGAUCUGCAAAAGUUAACUCUUCAGCUAGUGGAACAUGUUUAUGCUAUGGUUUUUGGAAAAGAGCUACCAAAAAAUCCUUUUGCUAAAAGUGACGAACAGAACUAUCGGGAUUUGAAGGAGGAGCACUUUAUACCCGAAAGAUCAAUAUCCUUGGUAACGGAUUUACCAAGCAACGAUUCUUCUAACAAGCAACACGUACACAUGGGUGUACAUUUUCAUUUAAACAAUGAUUUUGUCCGAGGCUUCUAUCAUUUGAAAAUUGCGGCAAAUGAUAUGGACCCAUUUGCUGCUUUAAUUUAUGGAAUAUAUCUCAGACAAGGAAUUGGCUGUACAAAGAACAGCAAACAAUCUUUAUAUUGGAUACUUCAAUCUGCCUACAUCGUUCUCACAAAGUUGCGAGCUGUGUUUAGGAACCCUGAAGAAUUUAAUGUCUCUGGUUCGACAUUUAAUUACUACCGAAUGCUGCUUGCUAUAUCCAUAUACGAGAUCGGCGUGGUGUUAUUUCACGGCUGGUCCAUACCCCGAGAUAAGAACUUCUCUAUGUAUGCUCUCUUGUUAAGUGGUUUGUGGGGUGAUGUUGAUGCACAAUACGAAUUAGCAUUACUUCUUUCUUUAGGUGCUACUACUGACAAAGACCCGUCUUUGGCAGCCCAACUUUUUCAUUUAACGAACUUUCAAGGAGUUACUACUCCCUCCAAAUGCCAAUGGGCAAAUAAGGAUAAAUACAGAUUACGAGUUAUAAAUGCGGUGCCCGCUCCCGGUGAAGUCACAAUUGUCAGAAAAAUUCUUACAUCUGCAAUUGUUAAUUAUGAUCUUUUGGCUAAGAAAAAAAAGCCAAAGAUUAAGGGUAUACUGUCACUAAAAAAAUAAUGAUAGCUCAAAUAAAAGAUUAUAUGUUUAUAUGUCUUAAGGGAUUUUUUAUACUGGCGUCGAAGCAUUGAACGUUGAGAGUUAACGUAUAACAUAAAGGUACAUACUCUAUAUAAGUUGUAAUACAG